UGCACUUGAGAUACCAAUGGCCUUCCAUUUUAUCAAAGCAAUUUAGAGGUUUUAGAACGAAAACAUAAUUUAUAACACACAAAUAUACAUAUAUGAAAUAAAUAGAAAAAAAUGGGAUAUUAAUGGAUUAAGUAGAUGACAUAAUCGGUUAUAUUGGAUUUAGUUUUGGAAACUAGGUUAUCUUUUAUUUAUACAGCCUGACAAAACAGGCUGAAGAUCGAUUGGAAUAGCUACGUUCUUACUUUGAUUUACUCAUCAAGAACUGCAUAAUGUUAGGAAUGAUUUUGUGUUUGCUGUUGAAUCACGUAAUAUCAGUGUCAGCUAACACUGUUUAUGGACCAGAGUGUCACAUCUCCGGAAACGUUACAGACUGCAGCAGUCAAAAUCUUACUUACAUCCCGAAACUGAGCAACCAAACAAAGCAACUGAUAUUUGAUUACAACCUUUUGCCAAAUGUUACUCAAGGAACGUUUAGUAAUAUAAGCAGGCUUGAUCUUAUGUUAGAUUUAUCUUUUUGUUAUGACCAUAUAACAUUCUUAUCGCCAAAUUCCUUCUACAUAUUCACUUAUUUGAAGUAUUUGGAUUUGUCUGGAAAUAGGAUAAAUGUUGAUGACUUGGCUGCAUUUCUAGCAGAAACAGAAAGAAACAGUCAUCUCAAAUUUCUGAAGUUGAACAAUGUUAGCUUAGAGAUGGAUCCAGGUAAAACAUUUUCUUUGAUGCAAGAAACAAAGCUAGAUACUCUGUAUCUGAUGUCAAAUGGUAUAAGAAGCCUUUCUAAGAUGGUUCUGCAGCGUAUGAAUACAUUGCUCCUUCUCACCCUCGAUAGCAACCUUCUUGCUGAGUUAGAACUUCCGGUGAUGAAAAGACUAAAAGAACUACGAGUGAACCACAAUCGUCUUCGUGGUAUGCCAGUUUUCUGUCUGAAUAAAAGUAGUUCUGAAACAGCAGUUGGAAGCUUAACUCGAUUGCACCUUAGUUAUAACCAAAUCAGUGUUCUAAGCAGCAAAAGUUUUAAGUGUUUACCAAAGUUAACACAACUUAAAGUAAAAGGAAAUAUAAUCUCCUUGUUACCUAACGAACUGUUUUCAUCAGUAAAAUAUAUUGAACUUUUUGAUGUAAGUUUGAAUACCGGGCAUCACGCUCGCAUUGAACCACGUGCGUUAUGGUCAAAAACUCUUCGAUCCUUGACUAUGGGGUUCGAUGGAUCAGCUAAGUCUAUAUUUGAUUCAAUAGAAGACACCUUCAGGAAUUUACCUAGACUAGAGGGACUGAGUAUCAGCCACAUUAAUAUGCUAAACCUGACAGACAAAGCAAUUUCAACUCUCUUUUUGCCUUUACCUGGCUUGAAACAUUUUGAGUGUUAUAGUUGUCGGAUAUCGCAGGAUCCUAGUAUAUUUCUAAAAAAUAAAUCCCUUUUGGAACACAUCAGUUUACAGGCGAAUUUUAUUGAAACAAUCAGUGAUUCUACAUUCAGGAACAAACCAUACUUAAAAUACUUAAAUUUAGGCAUGAAUAAACUAAGUCAUUUGAAAAAGUCGUCUUUGUCAGACGAAUUUCUAAAUAGUUUGGACACGUUAGAUCUAUCCGGGAACCCAUACACGUGUGACUGUGACUUAGUAUGGUUCAUAACAUGGCUAAAAAAUAAACAUCACACAAACAUUAAACAUUUUCCGAACAUGUAUUUAUGCACUUACCCAGGAGCUAUGUCGGGAAAGAAAUUGACGGAAAUACACUUUUCGUACCGGCAAUGCCACCCAUUUAGUACACUAGAAUGGACGGGCAUGAUUGGUGGGCCUUGUCUGGUACUAUUUACGUUUGUUUCAUUCCUUUUAUAUCGAAAUAGGUGGAAUAUCAAACACUACAUAUAUCUCAUCAGAAAACGAAGGAAAUAUAUGCGUGUGGAUGGAAAUAAUUUCGUAUACGAUGCUUUUGUUUCAUACAACGAAGAAGACUCACAAUGGGUUCGAGAAUACCUAAUUCCAUUUUUAGAGGAGCAGCACAACUUGAAGCUGUGUAUACAUGAGAGAGACUUUCAAGCAGGGGUCUUCAUCAAUGAUAACAUUGUAAACUGCAUAGAUGAAAGUAAAAAGAUCUUAGUGAUCCUUUCCAAUUCAUUCUCGACAAGCGGCUGGUGCAUGUUUGAACUGAAAGUUGCGCACUCAAAACAUAUUGAGGACGAGACAGAGUUAGUUGUUAUCAUGCUUGAAAAGAUACAUGGUCGAAAUAUGAAUGAAUCUAUGCGGGUUCUGCUGGGGACAACCACAUACCUAGAAUGGACAGAUGAUCAUGUUGGCCAGGCUUUGUUUUUUAGUAAACUGAAAGAUUCAAUGGGGGUUUAGUGAAAACAUUGAUAAAAUGACACUUCUUUGAAACUAAAGUUGUAUGCACUUUAUUAUACUUGAAUUGUAACAAGAUUAGAUAGCAGCAGAACGGUCUUAAUUUGUUUCUGUAUUUCUGUAAUCUAAAUAUAAUAAAAAAAAUAGUAGUACCUAUAAUAGUGCACGUGGACACUAAAUAAGAUAGUUAUGCUGUUUGACGUAGAAGUAUGUACCAGUUCGACUGUUAUAUGUAGUAGAAUUAACGAGUUUAAUGUACACGUGUUUACGAGUUACGCUGGUUACUGAAAAAGUAAAGUUACCAGAUAAAAUGUUUUACGAAUUCUGCUGAUUAAUGUAGACGUGUGCAUGUAAAUUUUGUCAUUAAUCCUCGUGUGCUUAAAUUAUCAAACAGAUGAAAAUAAUUUUC